GGUAAACCUCUCCGCCCGGAACCGAGCAUGUCGGUGAUGUCCGUUCCUGUUUUCGUGAGCAGCCGCUGACUCUCGCUUUGUGUUGCUCACGGGCUAUGGAGACCGUUUUUAACAGCAAAAUCGCUUAAAGAAUCAACAGGUCACCAGAUGAGAGACACUCUUUAAGGGUAUACCUCUUGCUAGAUCAAGUGGAGGCUUGUGUGCCGGUUAAUGUAUAGAGUAAAAAGGGUGAAACUUGAAGACGAAACUGAAGGAAGUUGGAAAAGUUUAGCAGCUGUCAAGAUGACUGCAGUAGAUGACCUUUCAGACAGCACUGAGGUAGUAGAGAUGGAAGACGUCCCCUCCCAGUUCUUUGUGGAGAAGCACUCAUGGGAUGGGUUGCGUGAAAUCAUCCAUGGGAGUCGGAAAUACUCUGGAAUGAUCAUCAAUAAGGCACCUCAUGACUUCCAGUUUGUACAGAAGCAUGAUGAUUCGGGCCCUCAUUCUCAUCGCCUGUACUAUCUUGGUAUGCCCUAUGGAAGCAGGGAAAACUCAUUACUGUACUCAGAAAUUCCAAAGAAGAUCAGGAAAGAAGCUCUUCUGGUCUUGUCCUGGAAGCAGAUGUUGGAUCACUUUCAGGCGACUCCUCAUCAUGGUGUGUACUCUCGGGAGGAGGAGCUCCUUCGUGAGAGGAAGCGCCUCGGCGUGUUUGGCAUCACGUCCUAUGACUAUCAUGCGCAAAGCGGCCUUUUUCUCUUUCAAGCUAGCAACAGCCUAUUCUAUUGUCAUGAUGGUGGGCAUAAUGGUUUCAUUCAGGCUGCACCCAUGAAGCCUGUGGAGAUUAAAACUCAGUGCUCAGGGAUUCGCAUGGACCCCAAGAUAUGUCCUGGUGACCCCAGCUUCAUAGCCUUCAUUAAUAACAACGACCUGUGGGUGACCAACAUCGAAAGCGGAGAGGAGCGAAGGUUGACCUUCUGUCAUAAAGGCUUGAAUAACAUCAAGGAUGACCCAAAAUCAGCUGGUGUUGCAACCUUUGUUAUUCAGGAGGAGUUUGAUCGAUUCACUGGCUACUGGUGGUGUCCAACUGUUUCUGAAGAUGCAGAUGGAGGCAAGACCCUGCAGCUGCUCUAUGAAGAAGUAGAUGAGUCAGAGGUGGAGAUCAUUCAUGUCCCUUCCCCAGCCCUGGAGGAGCGCAAGGCAGAUGUAUAUAGAUACCCACGCACUGGGAGUAAAAAUCCACAGAUCAGUCUGAAACUUGUUGAAAUACGAACUGAUGAGGAUGGUGAGAUUGUAAGCACACAGAUCAAGGAGCUUGUUCUGCCUUUUAAGACCCUGUUCCCUGGUGUUGAGUACAUUGCACGGGCUGGCUGGACAAGAGACGGCAAAUAUGCAUGGGCAGUGUUACUGGACCGCAGUCAGCAGAAGCUGCAGCUGGUUCUCAUACCCCCUGCCCUGUUCCUCCGGGUGGGCAUGGAAGAUCCACAGUGGGAGGAGCAUGUGGCUGCUAUGCCUGAGGGAGUGCAGCCCUUCAUCAUCCAUGAGGAAGUGACGGACAUCUGGAUUAAUGUUCACGACAUUUUCUACCCUUUUAAUCAAACGAAUAACGAUGAGAUCACCUUCCUGUGGGUGAAUGAGUCAAAAACAGGCUUCUGCCAUUUGUACAGAGUCACAAGCCUUCUACAGCCAGGUUGCCACCAGUGGACUAGAGACUACACUCCCUCAGAGGAUGAUUUCAAAUGUCCAAUAAAGGAGGAGGUGACUUUAACCAGCGGAGAAUGGGAAGUGCUAGCUAGACAUGGGUCGAAGAUCUGGGUAAAUGAAGACACAAAGCUGGUGUACUUUCAGGGCACAAAAGACACGCCCCUGGAACAUCAUUUAUAUGUGGCCAGCUACGAAUCUCCAGGAGACAUCGUCCGGCUGACCAAAUCAGGCUUUUCUCACAGCUGCUCUGUUAGCCAGAACUUCGACAUGUUCAUCAGCCACUAUAGCAACGUGAGCACGCCUCCCUGUGUUCACGUCUACAAGCUGGUUGGUUCCGACAGCGACCCUCUGCACAAAGAGCCUGAGUUCUGGGCCAGCAUGAUGGAGGCAGCAGGUUGCCCAGCAGAUUAUGUCCCCCCAGAGAUAUUUAGUUUCCCUGCAAAGUCUGGCUUCGAGCUGUACGGAAUGUUGUACAAACCACACAACUUGAAACCGGGCAAGAAACACCCAGCGAUCCUGUUUGUGUAUGGUGGUCCACAGGUGCAGUUAGUGAACAACUCUUACAAAGGAGUGAAGUAUUUGCGUCUGAACACACUAGCAUCUCUAGGUUAUGCAGUGGUGGUCAUCGAUGGAAGGGGCUCAUGCCAGAGGGGUCUGAAAUUCGAAGGGGCUCUUAAAAACAAAAUGGGUCAAGUGGAGAUCGAGGACCAAGUGGAGGGUCUUCAGUAUGUGGCUGACAAGUACAAGUUUAUAGACUUAAGUCGUGUGGCCAUUCAUGGCUGGUCUUAUGGAGGGUUCCUCUCCCUCAUGGGCCUCAUUCAUCGGCCUAAUGUGUUCAAGGUGGCUGUAGCUGGAGCUCCUGUAACAGUGUGGAUGGCGUAUGACACUGGCUACACAGAGCGCUACAUGGAUGUGCCUGAAAACAACCUGCUGGGCUAUGAAGCAGGUUCUGUGGCCUUGCAUGUGGACAAGCUUCCAAAUGAGCCAAACCGAUUACUAAUCUUACAUGGGUUCCUUGAUGAGAAUGUGCACUUUUUCCACACCAACUUCCUGGUGUCUCAGCUUAUCCGUGCAGGGAAGCCCUAUCAGCUACAGAUCUAUCCCAACGAGAGGCACAGCAUCCGCUGCCCUGAGUCCGGCGAGCACUACGAGAUCACACUGCUAUAUUUCCUUCAGCAGAAUCUCUGAUGAGGGCUGCGGGUUUUUGUUCCGUGGGGUUUUUUGGGGGGUGGACGGUCUCCCAUCUCCGACCACCCGCCUGUCAACCAAUCACAACCCACCGCCUUCGAGCAGCCAUGACAUGAACAGCUCAGGGUGGCGCUCUCCCUUCUAGCCUUUUGCUUGUCCCUUCUCCCUCUGGAGAGUCUUUGCAACAGCCAGGAAACAGACUUGUCUCAAAAUGUUCAACGUCGAGCAUGUCAGCAGAGUUUUAACAGGUUUGAUUAAAGGACACACCUGAGACGUGGGGUGCAAAGUGACACAGUAACUUCAACAAAAGGAACCCUGUAGCUCAUGAACUUCUAAGCAGUUCUCUUUUCGUUUGGGAUAAUUGUUUUUCCGUGCCACAUCUAGGUAUUUCUUCUCAGUCCCCCUUCAACACUGACUAUGUUGCCAAAAUGUGUCUUUUUUUUUUUUUUCUUUUUUUUUUCUUGCUAGUGGCUUAACUGAUCGUAUAUUGAUUCCCCCACUCCCUGCCACCCACCUCCCGCCUUUCACUCUCACAUACAGAAAUGCUCUUAUCUCCCUCCUGGUUAACAGAUCAUUUUAACUUAAAGCAAGCUUUUCUAUUUUGCAAGUACAGUUGUGCUUAACGUGCAAACUGGAUUACAACACGUCACCUUGUUAGCCGCGCAGUGCGGCUCUUGCAUAAAGACACCUCACACUACUACCUGCAAUUCAUAUUUUAAGUGUGUAUUAUUAAAGGAACAUAUUUUUUAUGAAUUCCAAUUCUUUUAUAAGUGGUGUGAUAUGUCAAAACUCAUUAAAUGACUGAUUCAGUGGUGUUUUAA